AUGGAUUACAGCAACAUGCCUUUGGAGGAAAAACGCUCGUACUACGAAUGUGGCAAUCGCUAUGUGACUUUAGAUCAAGUACUACCAUGGCCAGAUUAUGUGAAGGAGAAUCAUCAGUUCUUUACCAGGAAAGGUAUUAUUAAUGUUAUUUUAUGCCAUUAAAAUGUUACUCCAUGUUAAAAAAUCUUUCCCCUCUUCUGAAUUCCCCACUCUUUAUUAAGCACCCCCCACCCUCUUUUCUACUAAGACACUUUGCCCUUCCUAUUAAGAUCCCUCCUCUGUAUUUCGAGGCUUUUCUCUUUCAGGAUAUUAAGACCCCAUCCCGCUCCCUUUCGACCUCUCCCCUUUCUCUAUUAAACCCUGCCCAUCUGUAAAACAGUAUCCUCUAUUAAAAGCUCCUCUGCUCUGUUUGGCCCCACACCCUAAUCUUGUUUAUGACUCCAUCCCCUCCUCACUAUUAAUGCCCCCUCUCUAUUGAGAUGCCCUCACCUUUUUCUCCAGUAAGCCUCUCCUCAUUAAAACACUAAUGUAAUCUCAAUUUAGAAAAUUUGUUCAUAAACAACUCAAACCUAAAUAUUCAACUGUAGAUCAUAUGAUCCAAACAAUUUUAUUGAAUUUAAUUAAAUGUAGGAAUAAUUUCUUCUAUCAUUCGUACUUUGCUAGGAUUGUAAGGGCAAGGAAUUCCCUUUCUAGGGAUACAGAACGUUUAUAGGUAGCAACGAAAAUUUUAAGAAAACGAUUGUAGCUCAUUUUUUUAGGAAGAUGGACAGCUAUGAAGUUUGUAAACAAUAAUAAUUUGUAGAUAACUUAAUUGUAACUUAUGUGGUUGUAUAUUAUAUAUUUUAUCUUGUAGUUUUCCUCACAUACUUGUUAGUUGGCAGUCCGCUUCAAUUGGGGCUUAGCUCUGUUGCCCUUUUUCCCUACAAAGCCCCUUCUCUUAAACCCCCUCCUCUCUUGCAAGAACUACCUCUCCUCUAUCUCCCUCCUCUCCGUUGAUAUUGCCCCUCCCCCGUUCUUGAUUAAGACACCCCUCUCCAGUCUAUUAGGUAACUCAUACUUCUUUACCAGGCUGGCUUCAAAAAGAUUCAGAAUUCACCACUGACAAUGAUCACAUAAACAGAAAGGUUUCACUCUGGCGAGGAGAUAUAACACGGCUUGAAAUUGAUGCUAUUGUGACUAAUGGUAGGUUUCUUAGCUAGGUUUCCCAAGGUGGACAAACCAGGAAGAUUGUUACGUUCUCAAGCUUUGAGCAACUGAGCGUGAGAACGUCAAUUUUGGCAAUAGGAAACAUAACUCGAGGCUUGAGAUCUGAUAAAUAAAAGAGAAAAGAAAAUGUUCUAGAAAAGAGACACCUAUUAAAUCUGGUAGGUAAAUAUUGUAAAAAGAUACUGGGAAAAAUUGAAAUUUCCUACUACAGUAUACUAGCGUGCACAAGAUGUUUUGACCCAGGUUUGCAGUUAGCUCCAGUCACUUGCAGGUAAUGCAGUUACCUUGGAUCCCAAUAUCUGACACCCGUGAUAAAAAGUGUUGUGAAGCCACAUUUAUUAUUUUCUUUCCCCGAAUAUUGGUUUUCCUGGAAGUAUUGGAGGUAGGUUGUGUUUUUCAGUGGCGUCUUGUGGACAGGUUUUGAUGGAAAUCUAUCUUGUUCACUUACACGUUACUCAUUAUUUAGAUUGUGAUUAUGAUAUUUAUGAAGCUGCAGGCGAGGGAUUUCUGGAGGAAUAUAGCAAAUUGAAUUCAUGUGACAAUGACGAAGCUGAAAUCACCUCAGGUACAAUCAUUGAAAUGAAUAUAACUGGAACGCUACCUCCAACUAGAAAUUUGAAGCCAAACUUGAAGGCCAGUCCCAGUCUUUUCACGCAUGCGAAGAGCGCUUAAUCAUUCAAUCAUGAUAUAAACACGCGGGACGUAACCACGCGUUCCAGUUAUAUUCAUUUCAAUGAGUACAAUACAUAUUGAUUAUUUUUGAAAAUUUAACCAUUGAGCGCCGGCGCUCUCCACUUGAUGAGUAAAAAAUUGUCUGGCGUUAGACGGAGUAAAGUCUGUAAUAAAAUAGGGUGCAUUAUGGCGCAAUGCAAGUUAGGCCACGGUCAAACGUGGAACUUUUCAUGUGCCGAACCUAAUGCAAAUGAAGUGAAACAAAGAACUUAGCUCAUUAACAUUAGGUUCGGCACAUGAAAAGUUCGACGUUUGACCCUGGCCUUAAUUAAAUUUCUAUAUAAAACCUCGGUCAAACGAGGAGUUGAUGAGAGUUGGUAGUCACACAUUGUUACAGCGGACAUUUCAAGCUCUAGAUUAACAAAAUAAAGGUUUGAUGAAUGUUCCAACUAUGUUUUAACUUCAAUAGAAUACAUGAUAGUGUUGGGAAAGGAUUAAGAACAGCUAACCAAGCUCACGUGACUGUCAACUCUCAUGGACUCUCAUCCUCGUUUCAUCCGGGCUUAACUAUCCUCCUUUGUGGUAUUAAUGCGUGUUUUCCUUCUAUUUCGACAGGAUAUAAACUUCCAGCUAAACGUAAGUACGCAAAUCAUUUGGUCAAUUGCCCCGUUUCAGUACACUUGUAUACAAGUCUUUUUAUGUCGGACAGUGUCUGUGUCCUGCCGUUUAUUUUCAAGCUUGGUUGUAUACGCUGUAAAAAUACUCUGCGGGAAGGUUUUACUGACGGUACAUUCAUGAAGAACAACAAGCCGACAUGGAGACCAGAUUUUAGAUUUUAUUUUUUUCACGUUGUGUAGAUGUGAUUCAUAUGCAUACUCCAUUUUUUGGACGAGAGCGAGAGCCACUAUUGGAAAGCUGUUAUAAUUCCUGUCUCAGCUGGUGAAAGAACACGAAUUGAGUUCAGUGGUAUGUUUGCAUACAGUUUAGUUCUAAUAAUAUUUAAUGUGCUAUUUACAAUAUCAGCAGCCAUGUUGUAUCGGAUAUAUAAACUCGAGCCGAAGGCGAGAGUCUGCAUAUUCGAUAUAGCACGGACACAAAUGUUGUAAAUAGCUUGUGAAACGUCUUGAUGAGAACAUUCGUAUUCUUCAACAAUUUUAAAUAAAUGAAUGAUAUAGACGGUCUAUAUAGACCCAGUGAACUAUAUAUGUUAUAUAAUUCAGUGUAUAGACCGUAUUCAUCAAUCGUGAUCGAGGCCUCGUAUAUCCUAGGAUACGGGGAAAACGCGGGAAAACAAGUGAAAAAUGCUUGACAAGCCAAAUUCAGAUGCUAUUGUGUCGACUUUAGCGGCUUGUUUCUUUUUGCUUAUUUCGAUUUAUAAUAUUUUGUGUGUAUUUUAAGAUUUUGUGCCCACAACGAAAGCUGUUAACGAGUAUAUUAGACCGGUUUUUCUCCCGUUUUUUGUGUGGAAAAUAUGACAACGCGUGCUAAGCGAUGGUGUUUAUCCCAAAAGCGAAGCGAAAAACAGUAUUUUUGACUGAUAUUUUAACGUCAAUAUAUAUAGGUUAUUCCGUGAAAAAUCAAGACAACUAUGGAAUGAAAGUAUAAAUUGUGAAAUUGACAUUAAUAUGAAAGAAAACAAGAGGUCCAAAAUCACAAGAGAACGUCAAAUGUUAUUGAUUUCGUACGGAAAAAUAUGAACUAUGUCUGUGGCUCGAUGACAUUCUGCAAGCAGUUUACAAGUUUAAAAAAUGAAGGUUACAUUAUCUGAGUGAGUUGUAAUCUUAUUUCUUCAACAAUAGAUUCAUAUUUCUUACGAUUUUGGUGUUGUACAGACGUUUUGUAUAGCCCUGUCGGUUGUUUGUUUUGGCCAUAGAAACUACGACAAUAGUACAAAGGUUUUCUUUUCCGAUUGAUUGCCGUAAUAUUUUCGGAAAAAAGCUGCCAUAGCCGAAAGUAAAAAAACAUUUUGCUAAUUUUCCCGCGUUUAAAGUUUAUGUAAAACAGGUUGAUUUUGUAUCAGAUAUACAAACUCCUCGACGCUCAUGAUUUCUUUUGUGUUUUAAUUCUUUAUGAAUUAUUAAUGAGUUUUACAAAUUAUUUGGGUAAAGACCUACCUAAAAUGAUCAUGUUUUGUGAUUGGCUUUCAGAAACAAAUCAGAGACAAAAAUGAUCAUUGUUCGUGACUCGUUCUUUAGAAAGACGAUUUCUAUAGCUUUGUUGUCUUUCAUUGUUAUAAUCAACCAACCACGAGCCUGGAUAGUAUAGGUAGAUGAUGACGCAAAUAUUAAUGUUUAUAUUGCACAAGUAUCUAUACAUAUGCAAUAUUCAAAUGCGAAUUACAAUACAUUAUUAUAUAGAUAUAAGCAAUAAAACAACAAAAGAGAAAUAUAAUUAUAUACAUGCAGCACUAAUCAAUUACUGAAAAGUUCUACUGAAUAAAAAUGUCUUAACACUAUUUUUAAAAGUUGUAAUGUUCUGUAGUUCUCUUAUUUUCGCUGGAAGAGAAUUCCAAAGUUUGGGAGCAGCACGCGAAAAAGCACAACCCCCGAGUGUCUUCUUAGAUUUACCAUUAGGGUUUGCUAAAAGUAGCCCAUCAUAGAAAUUACUACAGAGAGUAUUAUGGGGAUUACUACAGUAUUGUAGAUAGUGGACGUGCUUACUUAUAUAUAUUGUAGCUAGAAUACAGUAUUUCACUCUUUGGUUGAUAAAGCAUUUUAAUACAAUGAUCAUAUUUUUUGUUCUUCAGGCAUUUUGCUGUAUAUCUACUACAUACCUCGAUUACGGUGAGUACCACUGAACUGAAUAUAACUAGAACGCUACCUCCAACUGGAAAUUUGAAGCCAAACUUGAAGGCCAGUCCCAGUCUUUUCACGCAUGCGAAGAGCGCUCAAUCAGUCAAUCAUGAUAUAAACACGCGUGUCUGGGAGUCAAGAUUUGGCUUCAAGUAAAAGAUAGGCAGUUUAUGUGAAGGUAUAGCGUUCCAGUUAUAUUCAUUUCAAUGGUGAGGACUUAAAGACGUGUUCAUAUGAGCGUAGCUAAUCGGGAAACUCACCCGACUGAGAUCUGCAUGCCUUUUGUUAAUGCAUAUAAAAUUCAAUUUCUGUUCAUAUGAGAAACGAGUCAGCCUGACUUGAUGAGAUCUCACCUUGCGCUAGGUGGCACUGAGUCAUGUGGAAUAAAAUUUUCCAUUUGAAAGCUUUAUCCCUUUGGACCUUACUAGACCUCUAGGAAGAACGAUAAAAACAUUGAUACAGUUAAAGUAAGGUUAGUUUAAAAAUUGUUUCUAGUGUUCCCGAGCGAAAAGGAUAUUCAUGUUGCGUUGAAAACCGUUAAAACGUGGUUGGAAGAAAAUGAUGAUUGGGUAUGUAAUAAAAUUGUUUGAUUAUUCACGGGCAUGUAAGUGGGCAAUAUCGCAAAAAAAACUGACGAGCUGUUUAACUUCUCGCCCAACAAAAGAAAAACAUAACAUAUUUUAACUUGAAAGAACAAGUAUUUGACUUGUCAUUUCAACAGUAACCAGCUUUUGUGAUGUCGUGAUCACCACGCUUGCCUUUCACGCUGCAUGGGAGACCUGGGUUCAAUCCAUGGUCGGACCUCUACUCAAAGUCUUAAAAUAACUGAGGAGAAAAUGCUACCUUUACAUUGACAUCAGUAAAUGGUUAGACUUUCGCGUCUUCUCGGCAGGCUUUUAGCCAGGUUCCUAAAAGAGGGCGUCCAAUUUUGGUAUAACGAUACAUCUACAGUAAGGGGGGGGGGGUUCGAGCCUUUUGAAGUUUACGUUACUUCAUGUCAGUAUCUGUUCCAAGCUCGUUCAAAAUUUUUCAAAACACACUUGGGUGUGUGAGUUUGUGCCGCUAUGCUUCUUUACUUAACUAUGCAUGACAUUUUCAUUCAGCCAGGUACACCAUCAAAUUGAUCAAAAUGUCUAAUGUAUAAUAAGGAGAAUUGAAGCUAUUUUGUUUCAGAUAUAUUAAUAUACUUAGGGAAAUAAUUGAAAAUAAUUUCCCUUUUCCCCAGAAUUUGGGCGUCCAAAGGCGUCCAUUUGUUUUUCUAGAGGCGUCCCAGGAUGCCUGGACGCCCGUCUGGCUAAAAGCCUGCUUCUCCGAUAAGGACGUUAAAAUCGUAGGUACCUCGGAUCCACUAUCAAUUGGGAAAUCCGCUCACCAAUGAGUGAGAAACGGUUAAAGUCUUUGCUUCAAUCCUAGGUUGGUCGUAUCAUUUUUGGCGGAUUUUUCCUGCAUAUUUAUCCAAGGUUAAUGCUCGAGAACUUUCCUUGUACGACCAAGAAUGGUACAGAAGAGACUGAAGGUAGGUCUGUUGUCUUAUUUUCCUGGAUUGUAAGACUCAUUAAUAAUUCAUGAAGAAAAUAGGCUGUUGCGGUAUAUCGAUAUACCGAUAAUUAUCGGGUUUUUAUAAAUUCCGAUUACUGGAUAUUGGAGUUUUCGAUAUAUCGUCAUAUCGAUAUUUUUCGGUAUUAUCGAUAUCACGUUUACGUUUGUAUAUUUAAACGUCAUGUCAAUCUUCAAAGACAAGGGCGAUCAAUGUGCUAACUCCGCGGUAAAAUCUGUAAAUUAAGGUUGGAGCGAGAUCUAAAACGUGUUUGUUUAUACGUUGGCGUUGCAAACUGUAAUAUGUCAUUUUGCGCAUCUCAAAAAAUAAAAUUUGCGAACUUUGCAAGGCUAUAUUUCCCGCAUUUUAUAACAUUUCGCAACCAAACUUUGCAAUUUUACUCAUUUUAGUAUGCUCUUUCUAGCUGUUGUGAUUUGCAUCUCCUUGCCUAGUAUUAAAAUUAGUCUAUAAUGGGAAUUGUCUAAUAGACAAUUCCCAUUAUAGACUAAUUUUAAAACUAGGCAAGGAGAUGCAAAUAAAUCACCACAGCUAGAAAGAGCAUAUUAAAAUGAGUAAAAUUGCAAAGUUUGGUUGCGAAAUGUUGUAAAAUGCGGGAAAUAUAGCCUUGCAAAGCGGACAUUUCAGAGGCUACUGAUCACUGGCGUCACACCAAUCACUUUUCAAUGGUGCGAAGCCAGAUGGCAUAUUGCACACAAAUUUGGUCACCACAGUCGGUAUCAGAAAACGUCCAACGUCGCGCCACCAGAUACAUUUUAUCACUGCCAUUUUUGUCAGGAGUAUCAUACAAAGAUAGACUUGUCAAAAGUGAUUUACUACCAUUAACAUACUGGCAUGAAUUCCUGGAUAUGGUCUACCUUUACAAAACGUUAGUUCUAUCUAACGACCACAAUAUCCAUGUAAAGACAACAGAUCGGUUGACGAGAGAAAAUGGUGGAACAGCAAAAAUUAUACUACAAGUUCCUAGAGUAAAAAACACUUCAACAUUUCAGAACAGUUAUUAUACUGCAGAUCACCCAGGACUUUUAACUGUUUACCAUCACACUUACGGCAGUCAAAUCUCUCAGUCAGUCAAUUUAAAUGCGGCCUAUUUAAAUAUUACCAAAAGCUUGUUGAAGAGGUCUACGACAUUGAGGUUCCACAAACGUUUAAAACAGUGUGUGUAAAGUGCCAAUUGUAUCGUUCCUUGUCCAGUCUUUCUGUCAAACUGUGUUGUCAUUAGUUGCUGUUAACCCAGUGGAAAUAUCACUUUUUAGUGAGCAUGUGAAAUUUAAAUUAAAUUCCUUUUUUUCGAUCCACAUGAUUAGAAUUGCUCAGGACCACAUUAAAUCAAACGUCUCAGUGAUUAGCGAUUUUGAAGCGAUAUAUCCACUGUGUUAACCUAUAUUUCAGUAUUGCAUUAGCAGGUUACCCGUAAAGGAGCAACUAGCUCUGUGGGUUAAACCGGUCAUGUGACAAAGAUUGUAAAAUACACCUUAUUGAAAUUAUCACGCACCCGAUGAGUGAAAGCUGUUAUAUCGUGGUUGUUUGGCAUAAUUUGAAAACAGAAACUUUUGCAUAAAAUUAAGCAAAUUUUGCAUAAAAUUAAGCAAAAUACAAUCGCGAAAAAAUAUCGAUUAUCGGUAUUUUUUUCCGGUAUCGGUUUUCGUUUUUUUUUUUAAAUACCGCAACAGCUUAGAAGAAAACACAAAAGAAAUCAUGAGCGUGAAGUAGUCUGUAUAUAUCUGAUACAAAAUUAUGCUGAUGUACAUAAACUUUAAGUUUAUUUUUCUCACCGAAUAUCAUUCAUUUAUUUCACAUUGUUCAAGAAUACGAAUGUCCUCAUUAAGACGUUUCACAAGCCAUUUACAACAUGAGUGUUGAUAUACAAAUUCUCGCAUUCGGCUCUUUACGAUAAUUAUUCACAAAAUCUUAAAUUCUGUCUGAAGGGAGUAAAAGUAGUUUGGUAGAAAACGCGAAGUCGGGCUGAAAACGCCAAAGACUGUCGUUUUGAGAAAGCAUUGAUCAGUUCAAACUUAUAACUCGAAUAUUUGGGCUUCUUUCAAAUUCUAGUUAUGUGAAUGCUUCCGGCCAAUUUGACUAUGUUGCAGUAGUUGCACAGGUUUGCGCGCUUUGCACAAAGGCAUUCAGCAAUACUAUAGCUCAACUAUACUGUGUUCAAGUGACAGUACAAUUAUUUAUGCGGUGUUUCCAUCUUUUCAAAUUCUAGCCGCUCAGAGCCUAGAGUUUUAUACUUGUAAUUGUCGCAAAACUCAGCAAUACAACAUACACAGUGAUUUGAUGGAGGUUAUAUUUCAUUUUACAUUAUGCUAAAUCUUGUUUUAACUUUAUUUUGUCAAGAUAUUGAAGAGGAAGAAUAUAGGCGUGCAUAUUUGCAAGCUCUCCAUGAAGGUGAAGCAAAAAAUAAUCGAAUUCCGAUUAUGGUGGUCGGGCAAGACCGAGGCGGAAAGACGUCGCUGAUGAGACGUCUUUUAGGAUUACCAUUCAACAAAGAUCAACCCAGUACCACUGGUAUUGACGUUAAUGUUAUCGAGCUAACAGAACAAAACGCGGAAGAUCCCUGGAAAAAGACAGAAGUGAAGAAGUUUAUGACCAGUGAAAGCGAGGCAGAGACUGUAUUAUACAAAAAAACUGCCGAGUAUCUUGAUGGAGGAGUUCAGAGGAAUUUGGAAGGGGAUGCGCCAGAGCCAUUGAAGCCAGUGAUGCAAGUAAAGCCAGUGAUGCCAGUGAUGCAAGUAAAGCCAGAGAUGCCAGUGAAGCCAGUGAUGCCAGUGAAGCCAUUAUUAAGAAAAGAAAUCUCCAAAAUCAAAUUGCAGAGGUCCACUGAACACGACCAGAACGAAGUUCUUCGGGUAUUUGUAAGUGACUUUGCUGGACAGUCAAUCUAUUACGAUACCCAUGGCUGCUUUGUGAAACCGCAUUGCCCUUAUGUUUUGGUUUACGACCUUUCUCUAGAGUUUGAUAAACCCGCCGUUCCCAAAUUUAAAACAAGUAAUGAAGAGGAAGAGAUAGAGAUGAACAAUCCUCAUCUGAAUACCAAUUUAGAUAAUUUUACAUCAUGGUUGAAGUUCCUGCAAGGUUUAGGAGAAUGCCAAGAUCUACAGUUUCCUGAUAAAUCUGGUCACUUUACCACUGCAAAGGGUGAGAACUUUAAACUGCCACCAGUUUUAAUAGCCUUAACUCACAGUGAUGAGGUGAAAGGCAACGACAGCAGAAUAGAUUGUGUACAGAAGAGAAUAAAAAAGGUCUUAUCUGGAGGAAAAUAUGAGAAUGUUGUCCCAGAGUUUUUCGUGAUCGACAAUACAUUGGAAGACGACGACGGAGACGACGUGCGAAAGGUUCGUAGAAAGCUUUUUGACCUCUCGAAUGCAGUCCUUAACCAGGAGAUUUUAAUGCCUGUGAAGUGGCUAAAUUUUGAAGUUGCUCUAAGCCGGAAAGAUUGCAAGUAUAUCCCAGUUGACGAAGCUAAGCAGGAAGCGAAGGCCUGUGGCGUUGGUGAGUUUGAUCAAGCUAUCAAAUUUCUACACCGCCAAGGUGUGGUCGUGCACCACAGUGGAUCCAGCAAGGUUGUAUUGGAUCCUCACUGGCUAAUGAAUCGCUUUACGAAAGUGAUCUCCAUGCCCGGCAGAUUGGAUGCCUUGUCCAGGUACACUCUUGACGUGUUCAGGCAGAACGGCAUUUUGUUUCGAGAAUAUCUUCAGAAGCUGGAAGACGGAAAACUGUUAGAAGAGCUUAUGCAAAAGUUUAAUUUGAUUUGUCUUUGCCAGCACGAGGGAAAAACUGCUUUUUAUGUCCCUUCAGUUGCCCCAGCUAUGAAACCAGGAAAGGAGUUGGAAGCUAGCAAUGUUCCAUCGCUGUUUGUGACAUUUCCUCGCAAACUUGUACCGAUGGGCCUGUUUACGAAACUUCAAGUGAAAUUGAUUUCUGAGUGGGAAAAGCGCUUCCCCAAUCAACAAGCCACGCCUUUCUUCUACUGCAACUAUUCCUUGCUUCCGCUUAUUAUAGACGGCGACGUGUAUGAUGUUUGUUUAAUCGACCUCCACGAGUUCAUCAAGGUUGCCGUUUUUCCAAAACAGGAUGGCGACCAUUUCAAGUUUGCCAGUCAUCUCAAAACCACUCUGAAAAAGUGUUUGGACGACCUUAAAUCUCCAGACCAACUAUUAUUCAGCAUGACCAGCUAUGACCUCGAAGUGGAAUGUACCUGCUGCUUUGGUAAAGAAGAAAGAAAGUGUUCUCGUCAUCAUGAGAUCCAGUGUCAUUCAGACCGUUGUGGGCACCGCCACUUCUGGAAGCUUAGUGACCUUCAGAGACUAUACAACGAUAAAUCCCCUGCAGUUUGCCGGACGGACGAACGCUCGUCCAAGGUGUUUGACAUAAAGAGUGUAAAAAUUUGGCUCAAUACUGGUAAGUGACUAAUGCUAAAGGCGUUUUUACUUUUCCAGUUUUGAAAUCUUUAGUUGACAAUCAUCUUUGCUGUGGUUAGGACCAAGCCUGGGUUAGGACUAUCGAGGGAUUAGUGAGCUUAAGCAAGCAACGUUUCUGUCAACACGGAGGGGCGUCAUCUGAAAAUUGGUAUCACUAAUAUUGGAGGCGUUUUGCAACAUAGCGCUCAUGUAAGGAAGCAAAAAACUUUAAAAAUCUUAUGUUUUGUCAUAUGUGUUGAAGAUUACGACAAACAGACAAACUGAUACAAACACAGUUUUUAAUCCAGUCCCCUCCCCCGGCAAUCUGACGUUCAUGUUGACAAAAACAUCGUUUGCUUGAGCUUCCUAAUAUAAUACGAGUAACACAGAUUUAGUAAGACAAACGUUUUGUCUCGUCGUCCAUGUUGACAAAAACAUCGUUUGCUUGAGCUUCCUAAUAUAAUACGAGUAACACAGAUUUAGUAAGACAAACGUUUUGUCUCGUCGUCCAUGUUGACAAAAACAUCGUUUGCUUGAGCUUCCUAAUAUAAUACGAGUAACACAGAUUUAGUAAGACAAACGUUUUGUCUCGUCGUUCAUGUUGACAAAAACGUCGUUUGCUUGAGCUUCCUAAUAUAAUACGAGUAACACAGAUUUAGUAAGACAAACGUUUUGUGUCGUCGUCCAUGUUGACAAAAACAUCGUUUGCUUAAGCUUCCUAAUAUAAUACGAGUAACACAGAUUUAGUAAGACAAACGUUUUGUCUCGUCGUUCAUGUUGACAAAAACGUCGUUUGCUUAAGCUUCCUAAUAUAAUACGAGUAACACAGAUUUAGUAAGACAAACGUUUUGUCUCGUCGUUCAUGUUGACAAAAACGUCGUUUGCUUGAGCUUAAUAUAAUACCUAAUAUAAUACGAGCCUAAUAUAAUACGAGUAACACAGAUUUAGUAAGACAAACGUUUUGUCUCGUCGUCCAUGUUGACAAAAACAUCGUUUGCUUGAGCUUCCUAAUAUAAUACGAGUAACACAGAUUUAGUAAGACAAACGUUUUGUCUCGUCGUUCAUGUUGACAAAAACGUCGUUUGCUUGAGCUUAAUAUAAUACCUAAUAUAAUACGAGCCUAAUAUAAUACGAGUAACACAGAUUUAGUAAGACAAACGUUUUGUCUCGUCGUCCAUGUUGACAAAAACAUCGUUUGCUUGAGCUUCCUAAUAUAAUACGAGUAAUACAGAUUUAGUAAGACAAACGUUUUGUCUCGUCGCUUGUCGGACCCAAUGUUGUGAAAGAGAGCUGCUUGCAGCCUACACAACAUCAGAAUGGGUAAAGUUGUAGUUGACAAUUAUAAUAGGCAGAUCAGUAAGAAUUAAAGAACAGGUAAACGAAUUAAAUGAUGAUAAAGUAUCUGCUGAUAUAAAGCUUACUUUUUUUUUUAGUAGAGUGAGAUAUUUUCCAUAUCUUCACUAGUGAAGAUAUUGAUCGCGUGACUUUUAGUAUUUAUACAAUUUUUUACUUGGGACUAUAUAAUAAACAGAACAUUACACGGUGGCUUGAAGAUAUGACUUGUAUCUUCUCGUGUUAAAAACAAUAUUUUACUCACUCGCUGCGCUCGUUCGUAAAAUACUGUUUUCACCACUCGAAGAUAAAAGUCAUAUAUUCGCGCCGCCGUGUAAUAUCCUCUAUAUACGAACUCUUAAAGACAUCACGAAAUAUCAUUGAGAUAUUUUUUGUGAUGUCUUUACUAUAGUGAAGAUGUCGAUGCAGACAGGACUGGCCAGAAUGAGUGCUGAUUUGUUUCUUGUGACUGUGUUGUUUUAUUAACUGAUACAUGAUUUUAUAUUGUCGUGGUGAAAGCAAUAUUUUACUCAUUCGCUACGUUUAUUUAUAAAGUAUUAUUUGCAAUACUCAAAAUAGAAUCCAUAUCUUAAUUCGCGCAGCCUUGUAUCUUCCAUGUUUAAUUGUUUCAUCCGUUUUUUCAAGUGCCUGAUGCGGCAGUAGACAGCUCGAAGUGUGGAUCGCAAAAUGAAACCUCAAGUGAAGCUUCAAGCUCGGGUAAUUGUUUGGUUACGGUUAAACUUUGACUAUACAUUAGUUUGCAAUUUACGAUUCUGAUUUUAGAAGACCAUAUAUUUGAGGGCCCCCUAUACCUUUUCACAAUAUGCUUUCACGUAAAAAUAUUUUGCCUUUUCACGAGUCACGGAUUAAGAAAACGAUCGAUCACGUUUCGCGGCUAAGUAAAAUAAGCCCUUCACGCUUCACGCAAAAAGUAUAGGCGGCCUGAUCACGUUUCACGGCUAAGUAAAACAAGCCCUUCACGCUUCACGCAAAAAGUAUAGGGGGCCCUCAUAUUUCUGUGCACACUUUGUAAGUACCGUGUGUGUUUUCAUCAGAAUUUUUUGCAGCAUUUUUAUUGAAUAUAAUUCAUAAAAGCUGGUAGUGCCUAUUAAGCCUUUUAGUUUUGAACGUGGAAAACAAAUGUUCUUUUGUACGGGACUUUAAGCUGUUGCGUUAUUUCUGUGGCGUUUUAAAGAGGUAUCGAGGGAACUGAUCAGUUGGCCUGUUCUUGAUUUCAGUUCAUAGGAAUUUUUAGUCACAAGCAUUGUAGAUAAUUUUUCAUCAUGUAUCUAGGUUUAUUGUUGUAAUAUGUAGUUUUAAAUUAUUCACAGAUUCUAAAUCAACAGGAGACUCCUAUCUCAAAGGAUCUAUGGACGGUAUGAAUCAGUUAAUGUAAUAAUAAAUUUCUAUCUAGUGAUUAUAUACAAGAAAACGUGGUAUUUUAGCGAAUCAAAUACCAUUGACGUGCAUUGUCGUGGUGCAAACAUGUCUCUUCCCAGUUCUCAGACAUGUUAUUCUGUUACAACCUGGGGCCGGUUGUAUCAAGCCUGUUUAGCUUAAACGGUGGAUAAGUCAAAAUUAAAUAACACUCUUAUAUCUUUCGUGAAUCAGUCAACUUAAAUAUUCUGCACUGAAUAUGUAGUUGUAAACAAUAUUGUUCUAUUAAGGUUCAAAACUUUUAGUUUGGUUGUUUAAUGAAUCUAUAGACUUGCUUUCUAUUUUGAGCUUAACCACCGUUUAAGCUAAACGGGCUUGAUACAACCGGCCCCUGUAGGCUAACUGAACGUGUAAAUCUGGGUUCUUAUAUACGGGUUACGGUUAGACUUUGACUAUAUAUUAGUUUGCAAUUUACGUUUCCGAGGAAAGAAAUAUUUUCGUCUUGGCAAAUGAAAGGCAAUUUAGGCGUGACCCACAGGACAUUUUGCAAUCUAUAGGCUCUUUAAAAGGGCAUUUCCUUCAAUAUGCGGGGACAAUCUAUAGAAUUCUGAAGAUUAUACACUUAUUUCAAAACGUUAAGUAUCAUUCACUCCCAGUGCUGUAAGUAACUUCGUUUACAAGUAACGAAAUUACAAGUAAUCCAGGGUUCGUACAAAACUUGAAAGUCGUUGUAUGUCCUUGAAUUUGAAAACAAAAAUCCAAAGCCUUGAAUGUCCUUGAAUUAUUCUUGCUUUAGGUUUUGGAUAUUUUCUGAAAUUGUUUGACAUUCAAGACGGACAUUUUGUUGAACUGAUUUUGCAUGUUCAUAUCUGACCUCAUUAUAAAGUUACGUUUUGAACAAUUCAACGUCAGAUUUUGCUGAUUUCUAACGCCUUCUUCUUCAGUAUGUAGUCCUUGAAUUUGCUGACACUUGGCCUUGAAUGUCCUUGAAAAGUCCUUGAAUUUGACUCUUCCUCACAUGUACGAUUAACCCUGGUAAUUGUUACUUUUAGAGUAACUGUAACGGUAGCUAGUUACCUUUAAAAAUAAUGUAACUGUAACGAGUUACAUUUUGUCCUAAAAUGAAACGAUAACGCUUUACUUUUAUAGCCAACGUUUACGUUACUUUUUUCGUUACAUUCUUGCGGUUAAAACUUACAAUUUACCUCUCAGUUCUCGAAAUUCUCCUCCUUUGUAACUAGUUACAAAAAUAUUGAAGUAAUUUUGUAACGGCAACUGGUUACAUUUUUUUAAGUGUAACUUUUACCAGUAACUAGUUCCUUUUUUUGGGAAUGUAACUGUAACUGUAACUGUAACUAGUUCCAAAAAAUGAGUAACUUUUACAGCACUGUAAUCACUCCAUUUUCCAAGUUCACAAAGAGAUCUUUGUUGUGAGACUUUGUUCAUCUGAUGAACGUUAAGUAUGGUAUUAGUGUGGACGUUCGAUAAUUUGGCACUUACCAUUUCAAUUUCAUUCAAAUUAUUUUCAUUCAAAAUAUUUUGAUUAAUACUGUCAAGUGUCAAAACGAAUUUUCUGCUCAUUGUCUCAUUUUCUUGUUAAUUAUAACAACUUAUCACAGCAAAUUUUAUCACUGCACAUUUUACUUUUAUCAUGCACUGUACAAGUUGGUUAUCACUUCAUCCACGCAAAUUAGGUACAUAUAUGUUUUAUAUUCUCGUGGUGAAAGCAAUAUUUUAUUUGGUACGCUUAGGCCAGGGUGAAACGUCGAACUUUUCAUUUGCCCAACCUAAUGUUAAUGUGCUAAGUUCUUUGUUUCACUUCAUUUGCAUUAGGUUCGGCACAUGAAAAUUUCCACGUUUGACCGUGGCCUCAUUCAUGCAUAAAGUACUGUUUGCACUACUCGAAAUCAAAGACCAUAUCUUAAUUCACGCAGCCUUGUAUCCCGUAUGUAUAAUUGUUUCAUCCGUUUUUCAAGUGCCUGAUGUAGCUAUGGUAGAAGACAGCUCGAACUUUAGAAGGCCAAAUGAAACCUCAAGUGAAGCUUCAAGCUCAGGUAAUUGUUUGGUUACGGUUAGACUUUAACUAUACAUUAGAUUGCAAUUUACGUUUCCGAUUUUACAAGUUGUUACAAGUCUGUUCACAAGCUGUCAACAAGUUGUGUUCGCACUGCUUCUUCCCAGUUGUUGUAACAAGUUUGGAACAAGCUGUUAACAACUUGUAACAAGCUUGAUGGCAUUAUCAGCCUUGUUACAAGACUGUGCUAACAAGUUUGUUACAGCCAUGAUACAACAAGGAUGUUACAAGGUUGUUAACACAAGGUUGUGACAAUCUUGUUAUAUCAAGCAUGUAACGGACUUGUGAGAACAACCUUGCAACAAAUCUGAUAAUUUUGACACGGUUGUUACAAGUUAUCAACAAGUUGUUCCAAACUUGUUGACGGCUUGUUGGCAGAUUUGUUACAAGAUGUGAGAUUUUUACGUGUGUAUCUUUAAACAAAUUUCUUGACCCCCACGUGACGUCACAUGCAAUCCGAGAAUAGAACGAUGAAUCAUCGUUGUUAAUUGUAUUAAAACUUUGUACAACGAGUUGCCUUUGUAAUUUGUAUCAUCAUGUUUUGUGAAGGCAAUGAUCGUAUAGCACCACUACCACCAGAACUCAAUAUCACACUCCCGACAGCGAGGGAUUUUGAUAGUGAACCAUAUUACUGGUCAAGCAAUGAGAUUCAGUCACAACUACCAACAGAUAUUCUGCUAAUAACAGCAAAUGAUCAUGAAUUCAAUGCUUGCUAUUCGUAUAUGAAACAUGUUCAACGAGGUUAUUCUACGAAACUGGGAAUGGUAUAUUUUGGUCGAUUUGGCAAUCAGAAUAACCCGAAUGUGAGAGUUGCAUUGAUGAAAUCUUGGCAGGGACCGAUUGAGGCUGUAAUAGCAGUGAAAAAUGCCGCUGAAAUUUUACACCCAAAAGUAGUCCUCUUUGUCGGGAUCUGUGCAAGCAUGGGACGGGCGAAGGCAAAACUUGGCGAUGUCGUGAUUUCUGCCAAACUGGCGACUUAUGAUGAUAAGAAAUUCAAGACAGAUGGUGCAGUUGUGUUUCACAGCACUAAAGCGAAUGUUAGUAGAAAUAUGGCUCGUCUUAUCCUCAAUGCAGCUCAUGGUUGGAAACCACCGUUGAAAGACCCGAAAAGUUUAGACGUUGAAGUUCACCAUGACGCUGUGAUGUUAAGUGGCUCGGAUUUAGUUAAUAAUCUUGAAAAACGACAAGAGUUACUGAAUUCGUUCCCGGACGCACUUGGUCUUGAAAUGGAGGGUGCAGGUAGGAACUUCCCGCAUCAUUCCAGCCUUCCACACCAAUUAGGCUUCGAACGGUGUAUCAAUCUGUCAACCUGUUAAAACAAAUUCCAGAGGGGAGGGAACUUAAAGGAAAAUGACAACAUAAAAUUUUUAUUUUCUCAUUUGAAAGAACUUUUGUAACUACAUAUUAACUUCUUUUACCGCUUUUUCAUAUCUUGCUUAGUUCUUGAAAUAAUUUCACUUGAAGUAAUGAGAUGUUCGCCAUCUUGGAUAAAUUUUUGACCUCAUUAACGGUAGUUUUGGUGACGUCACAACGGAAGAAGUUAUUUCGUUGACCUCAGAAUGACAUUUCGUCAAAAAUUUUUCUUCAAGAUUGGUUUAGAAACAAACUUGGAGUAGGGUUAGGUUAGGGUUAGGUCAAGGACCUUGACCUAACCCUACUCCAAGUUUGUACUCAAGGGUUAGGGUUAGAGUUGGUGUUUGGAAUAAGGUUAGUGUUAGUAAAACCGUUGCUUUGUUACGUUUUGUUACUCUGAGGCCAGCGAAAUAAUCUCUUCCUGUGACAACAGGGAUCAACUACAUAAAAGUAUUCGUUGCUAACCAAAUAUUGAUUGGUAGAUGUUUUAAAGGUUUUGAGUGAUCUUGAUAUUUCGAAGGGCAGACAGAGUAUAGUUUUGAGCGCAAAAUGAUUAGUGGUUGUCUAGAUAAAAAUAUCGCGUGACCCCUGUUGUGAUGUGACAUGCAUAUCUACAAAAAUUGAAGAUGGCGGACAUUUCAUUCCUUUCGAUCAAAAUAUUUGUAGAAGUAAGCAAGAUAUGGAAAAAAACGGUAAAAGAGUAUUAUAUAUAGUCCUAAAAGUUUUUUCAAAUGAGAAAAGAAAAAAUAUAUUGUCAUUUCCCUUUAAUGGGGGAUUUCUAGUGUCUUUAAUACUGAACAAAAAUUAACUGAGAUUUUUAACCCAAAACAUGAUUGGGCUUGAUGCGCUAUUACUGCAAAAUGGGUUAGCGUUAUGCCUAUGACAUGAACACACGUCUACAUUUUUGUGCUUAAAUUUUAGGUUUAUAUGCUGCUGUGUAUGAUCUUGGCAUAGAAUGGGCUGUGAUUAAAGCAGUGUCGGAUUUUGCUGACGGAAGUAAAGAGAAAACAAAACUUUGGCAGCCAUUUGCCAGCGCAAUGGCGGCAUCUGUUGUAUAUAAUAUGUUUAAAUAUCCUGUUGUGCUAAAAGACUGGCGUCACUACAACGCAGAAGGUAGCUAUUCUGUUAUACCGACUCCACACGUUUCCAUCGACCAGUUUCUUAAAAGUAUUGCUGGUACAACGGAAGGCACGGUAUAUGCCAACACAAUUAAAUUUUACCAUCAUUUCUUCCUCCCGUAUCUCAUAUUCUACUACAUCCCCUAAAAUAAACACGUUCACCUUUAUAUUCAAAUGACUAUCAUUUGCCCUUUUCAUUUUCAUCCUUCUUACCACUAUCUUUCUUCAUUUUCCCAUUCUACCCAUCCAUCCUUAUUUCCUAUCCAACUUUUCUUGUCUCCCUUUUCCCAUUUUCCCCUACUUUGUUUCUUAUUGACCUAAGGUAGAUCUUCUUACUUAAUGUAUUUAGGACAUACAUAAUGGUCGCACAAUUAAAUACGUAGCUUCAGGACGAGUUCACUCAUGGAAUGAAUCUUGGGUCUACGAUGGAACAGCGAAAGAUGCUGCACCUGUCCUCUCUGUGAAGAACCAUUUUGAAACCGCUGAUCAGGCAAUUUACGCAGCCACCGAAGAGUUAUUUAAGCAACUGAAGGAACGCAAGUUAAUAUAAGUUUAGAGAGGUUAAGAUACCCCGAUUCCGAUUUACGGGUACGGGUGAUAUACACGUACCCGUAAAUCGGGGAAUAGCUUGUAACUUAAGAAAUCCAAGAUACUCCGGCGUGAGAAAACCGAUCAGAGAAUGGCAACUUUCGCUGUUGAGGUUCGCCAUAAAUUGUUAAAAACUUUGACCAGCAUAUGUGCAUUAUUUAUUUGGAUAAGAUGUUGAAAAUGUGUACUAUUUAAACGGCCCAAAAAUAGUAAACAGGAAACACCCGUACCCGUUUGUCGUUUACGUGUAGACCACGGUUUACCGCGGGGAAACGUGCAAAAUUGGGUAAAACGGGUAAAAUUGGGUAAAACGGGUAAAAUUGCUGACAUCAGCAAAAAUUGGUAAACAAAAUGGCGAUACUCGUACCCGUAAACCGGAACCGGGGUAUCUUGACCUCUCUAAUAAUAACAUAUAAACUCGGUUUGUGCCAGAGUACACAACCAGAAACGCGCAAGUUGCAGCAGGUCUGCUGUAGACAUGACGCAACUUACGAUCAUCAAGUCGAUAUCAAGCCCUUUUGACGUUUUACUCUUACUAAUAGCUAUUUCAAUAACAACAAGAUAACGUACAAACAAAUUCAUGGUUGUGCAAUGGGUAGUCAUGUUAGCAAACCUCUGCAUGGAACUGGAAAUUGAGGAGGACUCAGCACUAAGUACAUCUUCUAUACAACCUAAGAAAUGCUUCGUUAUGUCGAUGAUGUAUUUUCUAUUAUUAAAAAACAUGCGUUAACCAAUUUCUACAAAUUACUGAACUCGCGAUACUCUAACAUCGCGAACCAUGCGUGGGCAAACGACCACAGAAUUGAUUUUUAAAACGGAAAAAGUAAUUGACAAGGGAAGCUAUCGACAUAAAUCGACAUUAUCGACAUCGAGUCUUGGCACACUGCAUGCACGAAAGACGCUGAUAACAACUCAAAACAUUUGCCAGAACAAUAUCUCUUUUUGCUCAAAAAACUUUAAAUUUUGCACUAGUAGGCGGAACUGUCAGUAAUUCGGCUUUUGUGUCAGUAAAUGUAAUUGUAAACCGCUAUUGUACAGCACUAUUCACUUUGUGUCAUAUCUUAUAUCACUAGCACAUUAUUAAUCUACCCGUUGAAGACUGCAGACUGGCAGUCAAAAGCUUGUGACAAAUAAAUAUUUUUAACCCGAGAACGUUUACGCAAUUAACUUGUAAUAAGUCUAUUGAGCUCAACAACCUUGUAGCAAGUUGU